AUGAUAAGCUAUUCUUCUAAGUGUUUUACCCAAAGUAAAAUACGUUUUACACCAAUAACUCAAGUUGCGUUGAGAGUUGAAAGAGAAUUUUCAUCCAAUUCUACGAUAUGUAGUUUAGCUGGUAAGGAUAACAAAGCUAAUAAGGAUUUAACCUCAAGACCAGAUGCCACCGCCACACAAAGCACAGAUUAUUAUGAAUAUCAAAAGCUAACUGUCGAUUCAGUAAACAAUUAUAAGGCAACUUGGUUAAAUGCUUUGAACGAGCGUAAGAAGCAAUUGGCUAAUGGUAAAAUAAUUGAUUCAUUUGUUUACAAUCAUAUAAAAUCAACUGAUAUCGUUGAUAAAACACAGAAAGAGUCAUUCGCUUACAUUUAUUUACCAUUCAAGGAGAACCCAUUGAUUGCUGAUUUUUACGUGAAUGCUGCUGGUAGAAUAAGAAUGGGCCAAUUAUUUCAAGAUUUGGAUUCUUUGGCUGGUAAGAUAGCAUAUAAGCACACUUCUCCUGUUGAGCCAAUGAUUGUGACAGCUUCUAUCGAUAGAAUAUACUUAUUAAAACAAAUUGAUUUGAUAUCUAAUUUUAACGUUAUCUUAUCGGGUAAUGUUAUAUAUACAGGUAGAUCUUCGAUGGAAAUUGCAAUUACAGCUAGAGCUAUGGAACAUGAACUGAAUGAGAACACUCUACAAGAUGAUUCGAAUUUAUCAGAUGAUGAUAUAUUUCUAACAGCAAGUUUUACUUUUGUUGCUAGAAAUCCUGAAACUCACAAAUCUUUGGCAAUUAACCGUUUAUUACCACUAAAUGAGAAGCAAUGGAUGGACUUUAAAAGAGCAGAGUCAAGAAUAACGGCUAAAAAAAUGAAAAAUAUUAAUGAGAAUCUUGCAAAAAUUCCACCAACACACGAGGAAUCAAAAAUGAUUCAUAAAUUGUGGGGUGCUUCUAAGAAACUUAUGAAUUCCACAUCAGGAAAGUUAGAGAAUGCAAUGCUAAUGAAUGAUACUACUUUGAAGUCAACAAUGUUUAUGCAACCCCAAUAUAGAAACAGGCACUCAUAUAUGAUAUUUGGUGGUUAUUUAAUGAGGCAAACAUUUGAGUUAGCAUACUGUGCUGCAGCCGCAUUUUCACAUGCAUUGCCAAGGUUUGUAUCAUUAGAUUCAACAACUUUUAAAACGCCAGUUCCGGUUGGUUCAAUUUUACACAUGAAUGCUACUGUUGUUUAUACAGAACAUCUACAUAGUAAGAAUAGCACACCUAACAGAGAUAUUGAUAUUUCUAUUUCUGAUUUCCAACCAACUCCUGCUAAUGAAUUGUCUGUUCACAAAGGUGAUUUCCUAUCAAAACCAGGGACUUUAGUUCAAGUAAAAGUUGAUACUUGGGUUCAACAACUAGCUUCUGAUAAACAAGAUAAAUCUGGUUCUUUUAUUUAUUCAUUCUUUGUAUCAAGUGAUACAUUUGAUGAUAAAGGCAAUACUGUUGGUUAUCCUACUGUCAUUCCAAAAUCCUACUCUGAAAUGAUAGAGUAUAUCGAAGCGAGAAGACGUGCUUUUGAAACUGCACAAUAUGCUAAAACUUUAAAGGGUAAUUACUAA